AUCCAAUGCAUACAACUUCACCAUCUCUGCAGACCCUUUAAAACAAGCUUCUGUUACCAUAAAACUUAUUUCAAACCUUAUUAUAUGUUGAAUUUUAACACCCAAGUAAAACCUAAAGAUGUCUCAAGUUUAUCCCCAUCAGCUGGCUGAUACUACCCAAAACCACCAUUCCCCAAAAACCUUCACUGUAUGGAAGAAAGCACUAUUUUUCACUGGCAUAGGUUUUACAGCCUUCGAUUCAUCAGGAAACCUAAUCUUCAGGGUAGAAGAUUCUACUCCCACUGUCAAACGAGAGCUGCUUAUAAUGGAUGCUCUUGGAAAUCCUCUUCUGCUGUUACGCCGCAAGGUUGUGAGUCUUCAUCACAGAUGGAAUGGCUAUAUCUGUAAUGGGGAUUCAGGCAAAGUGCGGGUUUUUAGCAUCAAGAGAUCGUCCAUUAUCUCUGCAACGACAUCCAUUGAUGUCUUUGUUAAUUGUUCCUACGCUAACUAUUUUCCAAGGCAGUGUGAUUAUCACAUUGAGGGCUCAUUCAAAGAACGUUCCUGUGCAAUUUAUAACCGCUCAAGAAGCAUUGUGGCACAGGUUAAAAGGAAACGUGCCAGCUGUGAUGUUCUGCUGGACAAGGAUGUGUUUAGUGUGGUGAUUUAUCAGGGUUUUGAUCCAGCUUUGAUUCUGAGCUGGAUCGUUGUUGUUGACAUUAUUAAUAGUGAGGAUCUUAAUCGUAUCAGACAAACAGCACUUUACUCCUCGUUCAGAUCAUACCAGUUAUCCAAGAAAGGGUAUCUGGAAAAGGAAGAUAAAUGUUCCAACAGUGAAUCUGAAGCUUUGGAGAAAAGUGGGGAUGAAAGAAAAGGUCUCAGAUUAUUGAACCAAUGAGCUGUGUUGGACAUAUUCAAUGAUCUGAGAAGGAUCUGUAUUUAAGUGUGCUACUGCAUAUAAGUUUUGAUGGAUGUUUGAUAUUUUCAUAUGGUAAUGAAAAUUUCAGUAGUUAAAAUUGUUAGAUCCCUUCCACAGUUAGAUCCUUAAUAAAUUUUUGUAUCACACAUGCUAUUUUCAGAAGAA